UGAUUGGUCGGUUGCAGAAAAAGGAAGUAAAAAAACAAGUUGCAAUAAGUUCCUGCGCAGUAAAGCACAGCAAAAAAAGUCAGGUUUUGUUUUGUCGACACUGUGGGACCUUUAACAGGAGAAACCUUUAGGAGUGAUUGUGUGCGCAGAGCAGCCUGUGAGGGCGAAAUUUAAAGGAAGUAAUGUGAAGGUUUCGCUUUCACCGAUGGACACACGAGUUUAAUGUAAGAGGUCACAGGCGCUUCCUGGUUGUUUUGGACUCCAGAGAGAAUCAAAGUCUGCUCGUAAACAUCAAUCUGCGCUGCAAACAGGCAGAAAUGGAUCAUAUGCGACCGCAAGACUCACAGGAGAGCAAGGGCUCAGUGUCGCGGUACAGGGAACACGGGGAUGAGCCUUUGGACAAGAGGUCCGGUGACAGAGCUUCGUCUCCCUCUCAGGAUGAGAAGAGGGCGAUCAGGAGGGUGCGGAGUCCAUCCAGACCAAGGGCAUGGCUGUCCAAUUCUUACAAACCGAAGCUGGCGGGGCGAUUCUUCAAACCCCGUUUUCAGAGGGACGACUAUCCAUUCUACAAACCCAGCUUUGGCAGCCACAGGCACCACUACUUCAACCCGCGAGUUUAUAUGCACCGGAAAGAGCACUUCCAUCCGAAGCUUCACCACAUCGCACUGAAGAGGAGGGAGAGGGAGCGAGAUGAGAAGAAGGAGCGCUACGAGCAGAGAGACAGCUCUGAGGGAGGUUCACCUCCAAAACAAAGCAGCACAACUAAACCUUUCUUAGCCAGGUCCUCCUCCAGCAGAGACAAGGACGUGCCGUUCACUGUUUCUCAGAGCGACAGGAACCAAAGCAGGGAGAGAGAUCACAGGGCUAAAAGCAAAGACAAAGAACGAAGCAGAGACAGGGAGCUCCCUUCAACUGUGAGCCAGACGGCAGCACGAGACAGAGCCAUCCAACAGAAGAGGAGAGAGAUAGAUGAGGUGUACUAUCAGGAAUGUGAAAUGUUUGGCCUUGUAGUCAAGAUGCUGAUUGCGAAGGAUCCGUCCCUGGAGCGUCCCAUCCAGUCCUCGCUGCAGGAGAACCUCAGGGACAUUGGCAAGCGCUGUGUGGAGGCCAUGGAGAAAUUCAUUGAUGACUACGACUCCAGGGAGCAAUCGCACUAAUCAGGCGCACAGCACUGCCUGUCUUCUGAGCGUUUUUUCCCUUCUAGUUUAGAGUUUGAUUGAAUGCUGCUGCUUUUGUGUUUUCCUCUUUGUGACGAUCUUGUUUAUUCUUAUGUGCUGCCUGGACCAAAUCUUCUCUGUGCUCAGUCUAAUGCCUGAGCAUCACUGAUGACAAGUGAGAAAGACAUUGUGAAGCUUUUAUAGAAUUACUAUUUUUAAAGAUGUGAUGAUUUUAAAACCAAAAUAUAUACACUGGUUGUAUUGCUUUAAAUGUUCUUAUGAAGACCUCAGAAAUGUAUAGUAUUUUGACAUUUUCAAUCAUUAAACAUUGUUUACGACA